UCGUCCCGACUCGACUCGGCUGUUGUCGUCGAUUUGCGAAGCGCCCAAGUGGAGGAGGAAAAGGAAAGGAGAGAGGGGGACUGGUCGCAGUGAGGAAGGAAAAAGUACAGGAAAAUUAAACAUUUACCCUAGCCGUCAGCGGAAAGUGAAAGCUGUGUUAUUCGGCAGCUUUGAAGUGUCGGAGAGGUCCCUGUACAGCUGCUUUUCCACAGUCUAUGGUGUAAACACGUUAGUGUAGUUGUGACAUUGCGCUGUGAGCGACAGAGCAGAGGGAAAGGUCUCCUCCCAGUCUGUUGACGGAUACAGUUCGGCUUCAGUGAAAGGAGACACGGCUAGACCUGACUGUACGUUACCCCGGCCAGGUAACAUUCUUCCGGCAUCUGCCAAACCAAGACUCGCCCAUCUGACUGCCAAACAGAAAAGCGGGAUUCAUCACUCCACAGAAAACAUUUCCACUGCUCCACGGUCCAGUGUUGUGUGCUUUACACCCCUCCAUCUGACGCUUGGCACUGGAAUUGGUGAUUGUGCAUUGCCCAGGAUGUCAGCGAAGCCCCACAGCUCCAAUAACAUCGCCCAUGCCCGGCGGACGGUGCAGCAACUGAGAAUAGAGGCGAGCAUCGAGAGGAUAAAGGUAUCAAAAGCCUCUGCAGACCUUAUGAACUACUGCAGCGAACACGCCAGAAAUGACCCUCUCCUCAUGGGCAUCCCUGCCUCAGACAAUCCCUUCAAGGACAAAAAACCCUGCACUAUAUUGUAGUGGAUGCCUUUAGCCUAUAUGUAUUUGUCUUUUUUUUUUUUUUUUUUUUUGCUAAUUAAUGUUGCUGUAUUCUUUUUGUUGGGAUAAGAGUGAGGGGUGGACUGUGAUCAUGUCAUUACCAUGUGUUCACCUGUUCUAUUCAUGCAAUUCAAACAAAAUUUUUGGAAUAUUAGAUCUAGAUAAGAAUGCGCCAUAAGCCUCUUCUCUGAUAAGUUGAAACUCUGACCACUAGCAGGACUUUGGCUGCAGGCUUUGUGUUUGCUUCAGAUGCAUUUUUUUGGGAAGUUCUGGAUUACUCCUUACUGUGUAAACAGUCUCCUCUCCAUCAGGCUGUGACUGUUAUAGUCUCUAAAGUGUAUUCAUGCAACAAAAGUUCCUUUAAAGUUUAUUAGUCAUAAGAACAAUAUUAAUGGUACCAUAUUUUAUUCCCAUCAGUAUUUAACAGACUUUUCUGCAGUUAAGGUCAUUGAAUUUUGGAUUCUUAAACGUCUGUCUUUGAUAAGCGCAGUAUUGUCCUUAAAUUUGGUGUUAAAUUUAGACACUUAAAGUAUUCUGUAACCCACAUUCAUGACAAUCCACAUGCGCUUUAAAGCCAUUGUUUCCCUGUGUGGUAUGUGCAGUAUGAUUACCAUAGUAAAGUGUUGUUUGUCAGCUGAUCUAAGGAAUCAUCGUUAGAUCUUAAAGCCUUUAAUACAAAAUAAUCUCUUCUCAGUUUUAAGCCUUUUUUUCUAAAAUGACCACAGUCCUGUGAUUCUUAAAGCUCCUGUGAGUUUGUGGUGAUUAGGGCGCCCCAUGUGGACCAAGUGUUACCUUUUAUCUCUUUGCUGAAUUGCAGAACUUGUAAGUCAUGUUUUCUGACAAAAAAAAUUUCAGCCUGCAUUCUUUUAACACAAAAACUUGAAACAAAAUGCUAUUUUGUUAGCAUGCCCAUACUCUAUUUGACUGAUGCCUACCCCCUGCCAGCAAUUUAGACAUCACAAAUAUCUCUACAGAUAAUCAUCAGACUUGUUGCCGAUGCUCUUGCUCACUUUUGUAGAUCAUAAAGAGGCAUAAACAUUAGUUUCACUCUGUUUUGUAACCAAAUAAAAUUCUUCUCACAGGAGCUUUAACAGGUGCAUGCAAAACACACAGCUGACAUGCUUUAUCACAGAUAUGUAGAGAUGUUUUGUUUUUUUUUUGUACUGAAAGAGUCAGCUGACUUUGUAGUGCAACACUGUGCAAUGAAAACCCUGGGACCAAGCCAAACUAUUGAUGCAGCAUUUUUAAAAUAUCUAAAUUGCACCUGAAUGAGACUUUUUAUAAAAAUUCCCUCUGAAAAUACUCUCUGGUACUUUAUUUUUAGGAUGCUGACGGCACACUGGCAAGUGUUACACAACACUGUGAGCAACGCCUUCUUGCCAAUCACAAGUGUCUUAGUGGGAAGAAUGUGCACUAAGUUCAAGUCUAGAAGUGGUUUUGCCACAAGUGUUAGAACUGCAAAUGGCAGUGUGCAUUAGUGAUAAAAAAACAUUCACAGACUCACUUUUUUUUCUUUUCAAGUGUAACAUUUAUGUCAGUCUUCAGUCUAAUGUGUCCUUCAUGUCGUGAUUCCCUGGGGGAACUUCUGCUUUUGUGAAAUUUAAAAAAAAAUGUCUAGAUAGCAUAAACUUUCUUACACUCUUAAGCCUUACUUCUGUCUGCCUUGUGUCCAGAAGAACACUCUUACUGGGAGUAUUUUCUUUAAAGUUAAAGAGUUUCUACUAAAUGCUUCUAUCUGUGGGAUGAAAAUGAUCUGUAACGAUAUUGUGCCAUCUGUUUUUUGUCUUUGUGUCACUAGCAAACGUGUUUAUCGUGUUUCACUUACCUGGUGCUCUGCUUUUUGGUAUUGUUGCCUUCUCCAAAGGGUACGUUCAGGUCUUCAAAUCAGAUCUGGUGUUAUUAUCCAGUUGUAUUUUUAUGAUUGUGUCGCUCUUACUUGCAAUAAAUCAUUCCUGUUUGCCUCUUAAUAUAAGGAAAAGUUUGGAUUACCACUGCCAUGCCAAGAUCUCUGUCCAUUCUGUAACUGCCUUAUUGCACCGUUGAUGGAUUAAUUUAACUGUCUGAAUCUGCAUUUUGAUAAAUGUCUUUAUUAAUAUACCAACCUUUGUAUGAAGACUUAACUAAGAUUAAUAAAGUGAAGCAUUCCUACAGUGCAAUACUGUACUAAUAUCUCAAUAAAGAUGUGUUGUGCUGCACAGUCAGAACAG